AUGGCAAAAGGUGAUAAAGAGUUAGAAAAACCUAUAGUGAACAAUGAAUUACCUAAUCCGGAGUGCCGGACCACGGACCAUGAAGAUUCGGAAUCGGCACAGGAGCAGCCUCUCGAUAUCGGAGAGCAUUAUUUGGUGCGGCGUUCGGAUGAGUCAUGGCACCCGGCUGAGAUUAUACAGACACGAUACAAUGCCACGGAGGGCUGCUACGAGUAUUAUGUGCACUAUGUCGGCUACGAUAGAAGGCUCGAUGAAUGGGUAUCCCGACACAGGGUUAUGUCAGAUAGAUUCGACAUGUGCGAACAGUCGAAUAACAACAUAAAUUGUGACCACCUUCUCACUGAUAAAUCCGGCCGGAAAAUAACAAGGAACCAAAAACGUAAACAUGAUGAAAUUAAUCACGUCCAGAAGUCUUACGCAGAGAUGGACCCGACGACGGCAGCGCUUGAGAAAGAGCACGAAGCUAUCACUAAAGUAAAAUACAUCGAUAGAAUCCAAUUCGGCAAAUACGAGAUAGAUACAUGGUACUUCAGUCCUUAUCCUGACGAGUAUGGCAAGCAGUCUAAGCUUUGGAUAUGCGAGUACUGUUUGAAAUACAUGAGAAUGGAGAAAACUUACAGGUAUCACCUGAGCGAGUGCACAGCGCGACAACCACAGGGUAGUGAGAUAUACAGGAAGGGAACAAUAGCUAUAUUCGAGGCAGAUGGCAAAGAACAUAAAAUCUACUGUCAAAAUCUUUGUUUACUUGCUAAAUUGUUCUUAGAUCACAAAACAUUAUAUUUUGAUAUAGAGCAAUUCUUAUUUUAUAUACUGUGUGAAGUUGACAAGCAAGGAGCACAUCUUGUUGGAUAUUUCUCUAAAGAGAAGGACUCCCCGGAAGGGAACAAUGUGGCGUGUAUACUGACACUACCUCCCUAUCAGAGACAAGGUUACGGUAAGCUACUUAUAGCAUUUAGUUACGAGUUGUCCAGACUUGAACAUGUAGUGGGUAGUCCAGAAAAACCAUUAUCAGAUUUGGGCAAAUUGAGUUACAGAUCUUAUUGGUCUUAUGUCUUAUUAGAAGUAUUAAGUGUGAGUAGAGGCACAUUAAGCAUCAAAGACUUGAGUUCCAUGACGGGGAUAUCUCAAACAGACAUAAUUUCUACAUUACAGUCAAUGAACAUGGUAAAGUAUUGGAAAGGUCAGCAUGUUAUAUGUGUUACACCAAAAAUAGUUGCAGAACAGUUGGCUAGCUCACAUUUCAAGAAGCCUCGGUUGACUGUAGACCCAUCUGCAUUAAGAUGGACUCCUCCACACAAGCAGGGUAACUCGACAAAAGCAAAAAAGUAG